GUCAGUUUCAGCAGGAGAUUAUGAUGUCUCUCCCUGGUCACUGCCCUGCACUCUUUCUCCGCUGAAGUUGGCUGCGGGGGGGGGGAGGCGGUGAAGGGGGAGGAAGACGCAGAACAAGAACAAGAGGUGGAGGGGGCGGCAGCAGCAGCAGCAGCAGCAGCAGCAGAUCCUGCCUAACUAUUAAUUGCUCCCCGCCGAACAUUUCCCCUUUUCCUUUCUUUCUUUCUUUUGGACACAUCUGGCUGGUUUGGCAGGAGCGCGCGGGGAGGGAGGGGGGCAGAGAAGGCAAGGGAGAAGCAGCAGCAGCAGCAGGGGCGGCCCUUUCGCCAGGCGCCCCCCGCGCGCUCACAAAAGAACCGAGCCCACGAAGAGCACGCCGAAGCGGGGCGCCGGAGGGAGGAGGCAGCCAGCCAGCCAGCCAAGCAGCCAGCCCGCGCCCGGGUCGGCCUGCUGUGCCCGCGCCACCAUGGCCCAGGCAGGGCAGCUCAACAUCCUGGAGCCCGGCUGCCCGAUCCAGGUGGAGCACGACCGCAAGAGGAGGCAGUUCACCGUCAGGCUGAACGGUAAAGGCGAGACCAGGUGGAGGUGGCGGAAGAAGAAGGGGCAGACAAGGGGAGCUUUGGGGGUUGGAGGUUGGCUCGUGCAUGGCUCGCCUCCCUCCUUUUAUUUGGCCCUAUCGGAUUUGCUGUGUGUGUGUCCCCCCCACCCCCCCAAAAAUAUACCCCCCCACCCCCGCGCAAUCUUUUGUUUGGAAUGUAGGGAGGCGAUGGAUGCGCUUGCAAAAAAACUAAAAAGCCUUCCCCGCAACGCUGGUGUUGUUCCCUUGGAGAAUUCAAAGCAAAUCUCUGUGGUUUUUGUUCCUGCGAGGCUUAAUUUUUAUAUAUUAGUUUCUCUCUCUUUCCUUUACCCCCCCUUAUCUUUUUAUUUUUUUAAAAAAAAACUAUUGCUGCAGUGUGAGGCUGGUUAUGCAACAGAUUAGUUAUGGUGUCAACCUCUUAGCAACUGGAUACAGGGAGAUUGUGGGAAGGAGAAGGAGGUGGGGGAGAAGGGGCGACCCAGAAAUUUUAUUCCUGCUUUCUCUUCUCUUUCUCUCUCUGCCUCCACCCCCCCGCCUCCCUUCUUCCCCUGUGUGAGCUGCGCUCUUUUGCUCCCCGUAAGCUGCUGCUGCUACUGCUGUCUUGGUUACUCUCUGGUUCGUAGGGGAACACCUGUCCUCGCAGGAUCUAUUUUUAAAUAAGCUGUGGAGGUUGAUACCAGAAGCCCCCACGCCCUCCCCCUUCCGCCCCGCUCGGUGGUACAAACUUGCUUAAUUUUUAGUUUGGUUGCUGCCGCCUUCUCCCCCCUCCCUUUUCUCUCAAUCUGCUAAUUUUGAGUAAAUCAUGUGAUGGGCAAUAUUACUUGUAUAAAUCCGGUUCCCUACUUAUUUUUGCUGCAGGGAACAGUACUUAGAUUUUAAGCUGCGUCUUACCAUCAUGUGGGGCCUGAUCCUAUGCGUAACUUAUAACCCUGCAUACUUUCCAAAGCGAGUUGCUUUCGAGUAAUUUGCUGUGGUUGUCAGAGAUUGGCUACUGCUGCAGUCCUGUUUUCUGCGGUGUGGCUUGAGCGUCCUAAAACACAUGUCGUAAAAAAAGCACCACCCAUGACCAUAUGCAGAGGGCCUUCCCUUGUUUCCUAGCAUCACGGCUGAGGCCCAGGGCUAGUUCAAGGCAUGUUGCCGCCUGAAGCAAAGCGGCAAAUGGUAACACUAACACUAACCCUUCCCGAGUCUGGGGCUGCUCACAAACCAUUCGUGUACAGCACAUGACUUCCCUCAAAGAGUCCUGGAAACUGUAGUUUGUUAGUGGCGCCCACCUGAGAGGUGCUGGAACUGUGCUCCAGCUGAAAAAAAGCACUGCCCUGGUCCAUGACUGCAAUAUUACUAAGGGCAAGCCAUGUGAAAAGAAUGAAGCGUGUGUGUGUGUGUGUGUGUGUGUGUGUGUGUGAGUGAGAGAGAGAGAGAGAGCGCGCGCGAGAGAGAGAGAGACCCUUUUAACAUUAUUUUUUGCAAGGUCCAUGCUGGAAUUCUCAAAUGGCUUAAGCAUGCUUCGUAGCUUUCCUGCUUGACCACUGAAGGGAUAGAUUACGCAGGGUUCCCUAAACUUAGGUCCCCAGCUGUUUUUGGACUACAACUCCCAUCAACCCUAGCUAGCAGGACCAGCAGUGAGGGAUGAUGGGAAUUGUAGUCCAAAACCAUCUGGAGACCUUGGAUUAAGGGGUAGGCAAUGAGAAAGGCAAGGGUACCAGACUUGGGCUGGGAGAGACCCCUGCCAUAAACCUUGGAAAGAAGCUUCCAGUCAGAACAAAAAACACCGGGCUUAAAUGAGCCAAUAUUCUGACUCCGCAGAAAGCAGUUUCCCUUGUUUUCAUGAGAAUUGUUGUUGCAUUCAGGCUUGUUAUGGGCGUCUGUAUGAACAGGACACCAGAUUAGAAAUGCCUUUGGCCUGAUCCUGCAGGGCUGUUAUGUAGGCUCCUGUCUACCCAAUUAACGGAUCAACAACAUAACGGAACACAUAUUUGCUCCCAAAGCCUGUUGCAUUGACUUGCAUCUUCAGCAAUAUGCUGGUGUUAGAUAUUAUCAAUGCUAUUUUUAAAAGUUGCGCGGAAAGGUACAACACCAUUGCCCAUUCAGCAGACGGGUUGUGUGAGCAAUGCAAAAAAAUAAGUUCAUUAAAUAUUAAGGGGUGGGGAGUCGAAAAUGAUGAAGUAACUCCUCAGAGUACCAUUUGGUUUCAAGAUGGUUCUGUGCCCAGUCAGAGAUGUGCCUCUGUUAGUCGUUUAUGACCCACAAAUGACCUGAAAGGAACACGGAAAAUCUCUUCUCCUGUUUGUAUAGGAGAAUCUCCUGCAACAGAUUCUUGCUCGCUGCAGGCGACCAGGCAGGUGGCUAUUUCCAUUAGCCUCAGCUGGGAUAUAUACUGCAUUGCAUGGAUAACUUUCUCUCAAUGAAAAUGCUUGUCUUUUCUAAAUAUAUCAAGAUAUGUUCCAUUUUUCCUCUUCUGCUUUUAUUUUUAAGCUAACACCCACCAUUUUCGGGUUAAGGAAAAAAGAAUCUUAAGCGCUUGCUCCUAGUCAAAUUGCAGGUUAUAUUAAAACGGGUAAACAAUUUCAAAAAUGAUAUACCCAAUAGAAGACAUUGUUCAUAAGCUACUAAGAAUAGUAACACAGAGAUUUUGUUUUUCGCUAAGUACCACCACAUGCUGUUUUUUCAGGCCUAACAAUGGGUGAAAGUAAACCAUCAAAUGAAUAUUGCUGGGACAACUGAAGGGCUGCAAAGAAAACAGUGAAGCCAAACAGUCUCUUUAAAUAGCACAUGGUUAAAAUAGUUUCAUACUGAUGGAUUCCCGUAGGAAAUCUGCCGAGCCGUAAAUCACUUCAGUUGCUCUUGUUGUUUUUUUAAAAAGUUGUGUGAGUGAAAAGGUAUUGUUGCAGUAGGUUUUAAUUUUCUUUAGCUCCGAACAAAGAUCUCGUAAGGGUGUGCAGAACAUGAUAGGGAAAUAGUUAUACAAGGGUGGAGAGUUUGGGAAAAAAAUGAGCGAGGAACAGAUGUUAGUGUUCACUCUUUACAAUGAAGGCAGGGUGUAUAGGGAACACUGUUGAAUAAGCUUGCAGCUGGUUUCAAUAACAUUCUCCACCAAGCACCUGAAUGAAAUGUGGAACUCUCUGCCACAUGAUGGCCAAAGGAACAGCUGCACCCCCAGAAGGGCUAUACAGGGGAUCAUGGAGCAUUUUAAAUAUUCAGGGUUUCAUUGAACAAGUGGUUCCUUUUAGGGAAUGGUAUGUUCUAUUGUUGGACUCUUGUCACCUUUUAAAAUAAUUAUAUUUCCUUUCCUCCCAAGAGCUCAAAGUAGUGGUACAGCCCUGUGAAGUAGGCUAGUCUGGAAGAGUAACUGGAACAGGGUACAAAGGGUGCUACCUAGCUAUAAAAUCAGUUUACUGGCCUUGCAGUGAGGGCAGACAUCUGAACCCUAAGGUAAAGGUAAAGGGACCCCUGACCAUUAGGUCCAGUCGUGACCGACUCUGGGGUUGCAGCGCUCAUCUUGCUUUAUUGGCCGAGGGAGCCGGCGUACAGCUUCCGGGUCAUGUGGCCAGCAUGACUAAGCCGCUUCUGGCGAACCAGAGCAGCGCACGGAAACACCGUUUACCUUCCCACCAGAGUGGUACCAAUUUAUCUACUUGCACUUUGAUGUGCUUUCGAACUGCUAGGUUGGCAGGAGCAGGGACCGAGCAAUGGGAGCUCACCCCGUCGCGGGGAUUCGAACCGCCAAUCUUCUGAUAGGCAAGUCCUAGGCUCUGCGGUUUAACCCACAGCGCCACCUGCAUCCCAUCUGCACCCUAGACUUGCUCUAAUGAUCAGAUGUAACGCUAAACCUUGGCUUGCCUACAUCUCCUCUGGCACAGCUACAAGGAAAUGAUCAGAAACUUUUCAUUUCCACUUUAGAUUUACUGCAGUUUAGUAUGCCAUUGAUCCCUAAACUUGAUUAAUCUUGACUGUAGCUAGUUGAAACAAGCCACUUUCACAAACUAUGGCUUAAAACGCCUUCUUUCAACAAUCUACCGUUCAGGGUUUGUACGACACACUAAACUGCACUUAAUCUGAAAUGGAAGUGGAAGCUUAAGGUCGCCUCCUUGCAGUUACAUCAGAAGAGAAGAGGGAGGAAAGACAAGCAAACCCAGAGCUCACUGCAGAUCGUCCACGGUUUAGCACUGCAUCCAAACAAAGCCACUAUUUAUCCCCAUUGUAACCUGGGAACUGUAGGGAUCAGCACGACUGCAAUAACACAUGCAUAAGAGUAAAGUAAAGUGGUGACUGCAGAGGUUCAGCUUGUAAGCACGCUAAGCUUUACCAAAUGAUCUUCACCAGCCAAAAUGCAACCUUCAGUGUUUACUUGGAAAUGCAAAUGAUCUUGGAAAGAAGUGCUAGGCUUUAAACAACUGGUAUGAAGUGGGACUUUCAUUCUCUGACUUUCUCCAUUGCCCGCCUUCCCCAGCUUGGUACCCCCAGCCAACAAUAGUUGGGAAGGCUGCUCUGUGCUAACCCAUCACAAACUUGAAAGCCUCAUUAUCACCGCCUUCCCUUGCCACAGCGCUACAAGUGGUCAUAAUUGCUCCUGUCCUGAAAAAAAAAGUCUUGGAGCUGCACUCCCAGUCCACAACACAGCUGAACAGUAGUUUGUGGGGAGAAGGUAGGAAUCUCUCUAAAGUAAAGGUAAAGGGACCCCUGACCAUUAGGUCCAGUCGUGGCUGACUCUGGGGUUGCGGCACUCAUCUCGCUUUAUUGGCUGAGGAAGCCGGCGUACAGCUUCCGGGUCAUGUGGCCAGCAUGACUAAGCCGCUUCUGGCGAAACAGAGCAGCGCACGGAAACGCCGUUUACCUUCCCGCCGGAGCGGUACCUAUUUAUCUACUUGCACUUUAAUGUGCUUUCGAACUGCUAGGUUGGCAGCAGCAGGGACCGAGCAACGGGAGCUCACCCCGUCGCAGGGAAUCUCUCUAGCUUAGCCUUUUUCCUGAUACGCAAGCUUUGUAGUUUUAGGAAACAUUUUUCUGGGGAUAUAUGCCAUUGUGAGAGUUUCCUCCUUCCAUCCAGAGUCAGAUCUACCGCCUUAUCUAUGUGAGACUUUGCCUGCACCAGCAGCAGAAUCAGUUGGUGGGAGUUCUGAGAAGAUAGAAUGGGGUGGACUAUGUCAAGUGAGCUUGUGUGUGUGUGUGUGUAUGUGUGUGUGUGUGUUAAUUACACUUUUGAUGCUCACCUACCUUUUUAAAAAAACAGCUCUCCCUGCAACUGGGUAACAAACAAAACAAAACCUUUCCCCGUGAUGAGCCAUUUCUUUUUUACUUGCGGAGCUUCUGCUUCUUUUUAUUUACAGGGUGGGGGGCGAGAGUGUUCACAUCACCCCAACCUGCAGUCGGUCCACUCCACUACUUGAUCAUCUGAGGCCCUUUUUUGUGGGCCUCCUCCGUGAGAGGCGCGGAAGCCAACAACACAAGAACAGGCCUUUUUUGUGGUGGUUCCCUGUUUGUGGAAUGCUCUCCUCAGGCAGGCUCACCCCGUGCCUUCAUUACAUAUCUUCAGCCACCAGGCGAAAACAUGUAUCUAUAACCAGGCCUUUCGUUGAUUAACAUUCUGUGGUCUUUUAAAUGUGUUUGUUAUUGUUUGAUUAUGUAUAUUUUGUGUUCUCAUUUUGUAUUUUUAUGUUAUGAACCGCCCUGUGAUCUUCAGAGGGAAGGCGGUAUACAAAUUUAAGAAAUAAUAGUGAUGAUGAUAAUGCUUCACGGCUCUUUCCAUUUGCUCCAUGCAUCAGGUAUGGGCAACCUCUGGCCCUCCAGAUGUUGCCAAACUACACUUCCCAUCAGCCCCAGCAAGCAUGUCUGUGGCAGGAGAUCAUAGAGUUGUCCAACCCCUUGCAGGAAUAUGCAGGUGGCCCGGAUGGGGAUUGAACCCACAACCGUGGUGUUAUCAGCACUGUGCUCUAACCAACUGAGCUAACUGCGCUCCACAUGAUGGGAGAAGUAUCUAAGAGACCUCAUUCCCUUCCGGAGCUACAAUUCCUAGAGUUGUUUAACUAUCAAUCCCUCUUCACAGGAAGCUCUGGGAGUUGUAGCUCCUUGAAGGGAACAGGGGUUGGCUAACGACUCUCAGCACCCUUAACAAACUACACCUCCCAGAAUUCUUCAGGGGGAAGCAAUGGCCAUUUAAAGUGCUAUUGCAGACCCUCCAACUGUCCCUAUUUUCCAGGGACAGUCCCAGAUUUACAGAAGUCGUCCCGGUUUCUGUUGUGAUCCUAGAAUGUCCCGCUUUUCCUAAGGAUGUCCCUAUUUUCGUUGGACAAGUGUUGUGGGGUAUGGAGCUAUGUGACCAUCGUCCCCCCCCCCAAGCCAAGGAGAAAAGUAACUAUACAACCUAUAGAAGACAUCUGAAGACGGCCCUGUAUAGGGAAGUUUCUUGAUGUUUAAUGUUUUAUUGUGUUUUUAUAUAUGUUGGAAGCUGCCCAGAGUGGCUGGGGCAACCCAGUCAGAUGGGUGCAGGGUAUAAAUAAAUUAUUAUUAUUAUUAUUAUUAUUGAAUAGGAUGUCCCUAUUUUCAUCAGACAAAUGUUGAAGGGUAUGGAUAACAUGCUGCUUGUAUUUCAGGGGGGCUGGAGAGGACGUGCUCCAUUUACCUUUUUUGCUGGUCUCCUUCGUGAGUGUGUUUUAGAAGGCUAUUGGGUGUAUGUGAAAUAUGUCUAAAAUUAAGGAAAGUGAUUGAUAGGGCUUGCAGAUUUUAACAGGAAUCCUGCAACGUUUCUCCCCCAUGAUUCUUUGCGUUUGCUUUGUCAUUGUGGCCUCUUCCAAACUUCCCCAGAAGAUCUGAACGCAUUUAAUUCUUGGCACCGAAAACAAAAGCCUUCCCAGUAACUUUUCUCACUUACGUGCAAUAAUUGUUGUUGCUGUUUUAAAUUGCCCUGCCCAGUUUGCCUUCUCUGAUUUGAAUUGAAGGUGAAUCCCAAAGAGGAAGAAGCUUUGCAUUGUCAAACAUGAGCUGGCCUGUUUGCCAAGCAAGUUCUCUGGCACUCCUGUGGCUUAAGCCCUCUCUCCGUGGUCUGCUUGACACUCUCUCUCUCUCUCUCUCUCUCUCUCUCUCUCUCUCUCUCUCUCUCUCUCUCGUAACAUGCCAGUUGCUCGAGUUUGAGGGAAAACAACCCCCUUCUAAACAAGAGUUUUGUCCUGAAUCACAAGAAAGCAGCGGCGCUCUCGGAACAAACUGUUCCUUUUAAUUCUGCAACCUGCCUGGCCUCUCUGUCUCUCUCUCUUUCUUUCUCUUUCUCUUUCUGUGGGCGCUUGUUCAAACAGCAUUCAUAGCCGUUUCCUGUUGCCUAGUCCGAAGGCCAAGAAGGAGUCUCCUUAGUCUCCUUAUCUGCAUUACCUCCUUUGCCUGUUUAAAAAGUGUGAGAGACAGGAAGGGGUGGUAUGUACACACCAGAGUGUUAGUGCACCCGUGGGUUGCACAGAUCCAACUUUCCCCAUGUACAUUUAAUUUUUGCGUGUUCCUUUGUGCACAAUCACAUGCAAUUGAACUCUUACCUCCAUGUUUCCCGUCCAUACUAGUUAUUUCGGACCCUGACUAGGGGGUGACAAGACUGGCUGGGCCAGACCAGCGGAGAGGCUCCUACAUUUUGCUUAUCAUGCGCAGGCAUUUGCACAAGGGCCCUUCCAAGCUGCCCUAGCCAUCUGCCUGAUUCUAAGAACGAAGGAGGUGGGGGAGCAUUUAUUUGCCCUGCACCAGAACUAGGGGCAACCCUCUCCCCCAGCCAGCUUGCUGUAGUUUUUAGCACCUCCACAGGUGGCAAAUUCUGCUGUUGCCAAGCCAGCAUCUGUUCAGGCCUGCCCCGAGUCACCCGGCGACUUUCUGUAACAACUUCAUGGUGAGUUCUCUGAAACUUACAGUGGUACCUCUGGAUGCGAAUGGGAUCCGUUCCAGAGCUCCGUUUGCAUCCUGAGUAGAACGCAACCCGUGACUGCGUGGGUCGUAAUUCGCCGCUUCCGCGCAUGCGCAUGAUGUCAUUUUGAGCGUCUGCGCGUGUGCAAGCUGCGAAACCCAGAAGUAACGCGCUCCGUUACUUCCGGGUCACCGCGGAGCGUAACUUGAAAACGCUCAACCUGAAGCACAUUUAACCCGAGGUAUGACUGUAUUUUUCUUGGGGAAAAGCACUGGUCAGACCAUUGGUCUGCGCUGCCUGGCAAUGGCUCUGCAGGAUUUCAAACAGGGAGACUUCCCCAGCCCUACCUACCGAGACGCUGGGGAUUGAACCUGCGACCUUGUGCGUGCAAAGCAGACGCUUUGGCCCUGAGCUCCAUCUCUUGCCUCUUCCAUAUUGAGUCGCCAUGAGCGCAGAUUCCUAAAGCACAGCAAAGCUUAGCUAACCCACAGAAGCGAUAUUUGGAAAUGCCAUGUCCCCAAAGAAACUUCCCCGUGUGGCAGCUCCUUCGCCAUUGCAGUGGUUUCAGCCUGGCGGGACUGAGCUGAAUUGUGUGUCUGACACACUUGGCCUGUUGAGGCUGGAAAAGGCCUAGCUGACUUCCGUCAUCCCUUGUUUGGGGUUGUACCAGCCUCUUCCACCUCCCAAGGACCCCCCCUGCUGCCCAGCAUCUUCCCAAGACUCAAAGCUGUGCCUGGGUGCUAUUCAGCGCAUGUAUGAAUUGGGGGCUUUUUAUUCUGCCUGGGAUGAUUGACAGCUCUAUGCGGGAGCGCAUGCAGUCUGCGCACAGAGCCCUGCAACCCCUCCCCUCUGGCCUGACAUGCUCCCAUGCCUACAAGAUUAUGAGUCAAUGCAAACCUUUCUUUCCUUUUUAAUUGGAGUUUAGUCAGUCCUUUACCCUGCCUCAUGCGUCCUGUGCGUGAAAUUUAAACCGCACAAUCUCUGCGGUCUUUUGCGCCAGCUGAAAGAAAACUCGGCCCCAUCCGCGCUAUAAAUCUGAAACUGCGUCCUACCACUUUUAAGAGCAGUGGACUCGUAAUCUGGUGAACCGGGUUCGCGUCUCCGCUCCUCCACAUGCAGCUGCUGGGUGACCUUGGGCCAGUUACACUUCUCUGAAGUCUCUCAGCCCCACUCACCUCACAGAGUGUUUGUUGUGGGGGAGGAAGGGAAAGGAGAAUGUUAGCAGCUUUGAGACUCCUUCGGGUAGUGAUAAAGCGGGAUAUCAAAUCCAAACUCCUGUUGUUGUUGUUGUUGUUCUUCUCUUCCCAAGGAGCUCUGAGAAUUGUAGCUCUUACAGAGCCACAGCUGCUCAAUUUAGACCAAGUGAGUGGAACCUUUUGGCCCUCCAGAUGUUGCCUCGCCAAGCAUGGCCAGGGAUGAUGGGACUUGUAGUUUAGCAAAACCUAGAGGGCCAGAUGUUCCCUGCACCUGGUCUGGCCAUUACUGAGCUGGAUAAGUGAAUGGCCUGACUCAGUGGCUUCCUAUCUGCAGGCUUAGGAUGUAGAAUAAUAGUAGAGUUGGAAGGGUCAUAUAGCCCAACUCCUUGCAAUGCAGGAAUCUCAGAAGUCUGUUGUCUUUUUCUACAAUAGUGUUAGAAGAGCACACCGUUUUCGCAGUGGCCAACCAGUUGCCUAUGUGAAGUGUGCGGUAAGACCCGAGUGCGAAAGCACCCUACCCACUUGAGACAGCAGACCUACUUGUGGGAGCCUGUCCCAGUUAAGACAGAAAGCAGCUUUGUUCAAACAUGCUUAUAAAUUGCCUUGAUGUUGGCCUUCUUUUUUUUUUUUUAAUAUAUUUUUUAAAGGAAAUCUGCCUUGCCUUUCCGGCUCAAGAGCUUAAGCUACACAUGGUGGCUAAUGCAGGAAGUGAAAAAUGCCUUCGUCACUCGUGUACUUAACAACUAAGCAGGUGGAUUGCGGAGAAAGUUUUUAGCAGAAGAAGAGAGACAGCAAAAUCAAUCCAGCGAGGCUGGGGGGGGGGUCUCCUUCUCUGGGCAGCCCAGGACUUUACCAUGCACACUACCCAGUCUUGCGCCCCAGAGAAGUGCUGCUAACCUCAGUGGCGUAGCGGCGUUUGCUGGUGCCCGGGGUGUGCGCAGCCCCGGAGGGUGAAUGGACCCUGUUGCGCUGGUCCAGUCCUCGUCCCCAGAGCCAAGCAGGUCUGUGCUAUGCCGCCUGUCCAUCCACAUAGGGGGGAGCCUGGCUGGCCGACAUGGCCCUUGGUGGGUGAGUCUUCCCAUGGAGAGGAAUGCCAGACCAGGCUACGCUGGGGUCACCCCUUGCCCGCCUCCGUCUGUGCCCGCUCACCGUCUGAGUGAGGAGUGAGCGAGCGCUAGCUGGGCAGCCAUUUAGUGAAGGGGCCAGGGAUGCUGCAAAUGGGGCCAGGCCAAGCUCCGGGCCCAGAGACCCCUGGCGGCAGGCAGGGCAAAACAGGGAUCCCUUUGUGGGGAUGCCUGGUUUGCGCCCCUCGAAAUUGUGUGCCUGGGGUCCUGGCCCUGCACUCCAUUGUCCCUCAAAACAGGGGCUAACUAUAACAGUCCAACACUCGGACCAGAACACUGCACUCCUUCUCCCUCUCUCCAGAUGUUCAGCCCUCAUCACUCCUUGCCAGCUUGGCCAAUAGUUAGUGCUGAUGGGAGCUGUAGUUGAACAACAACUGGAGAGGUAUGGGUUCCCCAUCCUUGUUUUCCACAAAUACUAAUCAGCACACUCCCCAGGGACUGUUAAAAUACGCAAGCUCCCCCCGCCUGCAGCCUAUCCUCUGUCCAUUAUGAAGCCUGAUUCUUUGCUAAUGGGUAAUACAAUUCUCCUGCCUUAGAGAAUUAUUGAGAAAAUAUAGUGGUAGUAAUGUAAUACGAAUGUACUGAAGUGCUGUAUAGUACUCUAUAAAACUGACCCUAAGAUAAUGGAAGAAGACAGAAGAUGCAAUCGUAGAAUUGUGGAGUUGGAAAGGACCCUGAGGGUCAUCUUAGUCCAGAGCUUUCCCAACUUUUCCUGUUGGUGACACACUUUUUAGACAUGCAUCAUUUCACGACACAGUAAUUAAAUUUCACUAGCAAACCGGAGGCUAAACGGACCCCUUUCCAGCCCCGGGAGCGUUUGCGUGACACAUCUACACGCUGCAGCCGAACACACUAAUGUGUCGCGACACACAGUUUGGAAAGCUCUGACCUCCAACCCCCUGCAAGGCAGGAAUACGCGGCUGUUCCAUACAGGGAUCGAACCUGCAACCUUUGCAUUAUCAUCACCACGCUCUAACCAACUGAGCUAUAUAGGCAUCCUGUGGAGGCCCAUCCCAUACAAUGUAGGAAUAGAGCCUUUAGUGUUUAGUUGAGAGUGUAUUAACUUAUGGUCUUUGAAUGUGAUUUGGGAGCUGCACGGUCAGGGGAAAAACAAUGCUGUCCAGGGUUGUAAAGACUGCGGAGAGAAUAACUGGAUGCACUCUCCCUACCUUGGAUCAAAUCUAUGCUUCCAGGUGUCAUAAGAAAGCCGCAGAGAUGGUGCGCACCCCGGAAAUGAUCUCUUUCAGCUUCUGCCUUCUGGAAGAAGGUACAGGGUAAUAAAGACUAGGACUAGCUGCCUGAGAAACAGUUUCUACCCAAAUGCGAUUUUGGUUUUAAACGCAGUGUAAGGUAGUCUCUAUGUGAGUAUAUUGUAUUUAAUUAUGGGGUAUCAGAGUUUUUAGGGGUCUAACCAGGUUGGGAUAGCUGGGAUAGCAGACUUGUUGGUUUCUGAAUGUCUGAUGUAGAUUUUCAAUUUCGUUGUUCUGUAUGGGACAAUGACAAUUAAGAUUAUUGUUUCGUAUUGUAUUGUGGUGGCACUUGCCCUUUUGGAAUAUUAGACAGGCACUACCUCUGUUGUUCUUUUGGGGCCUACCAAAGACCUUCUUCUUGCAACAAGGCGUUGAAGUUGAGAUAUUUCCCAGCCUGCACCUGUGUUGGAAUUGUUGUAAAGUUCUUUAAAAUCUAUUUCUACUGUUGUUUUAUCCAUUGUUCUUUAGCACCCCGGGCUCCUUUGGGAGGAAGGGCGGGAUAUAAAUUUAAACUAAUAACAACAACAACAAAAAGUCCAGGAGAUUUUGGUUCUUGGUUUUGUUCCAUAUUUCUUUUAAGUGUGUGGAUGCCAUCUUUUCUCCUGCAGGUUGUCAUGACAAAGCGGUCCUGUUGUACGAGUACGUGGGGAAAAGGAUAGUGGACCUGCAACACACGGAAGUACCAGAUGCCUACAGAGGAAGAGGAAUAGCCAAACAUCUGGCAAAGGUAUGGGUUGCAAAUGGUGCUUCUACUUGUAGCUCCUCCCCAAAAGAGUACACAUAUUUGCAUAAAACUUGCAUCCCACACUAAGUUAUACUUAGAGAAGACCCAUAGAAACAAGUGAACCUGCUACUACUACUACUACUACUACUACUACUAAUAAUAAUAAUAUAUUUAUACCCCGCCCACCUGGCUGGGUUUCCCCAGCCACUCUGGGCAGCUCCCAACAGAAUAUUAAAAACACGAUAAAACAUCACACAUUAAAAACGUCCCUAAACGGGGCUGCCUUCAGAUGUCUUCUAAAAGUCAGAUAGUUGUUUAUUCCCUUGACAGCUGAUGGGAGGGCGUUCCACAGGGCGGGCGCCACUACCAAGAAGGCCCUCUGCCUGGUUCCCUGUAACCUCACUUCUCGCAGUGAGGGAACCACCAGAAGGCCCUCGAAGCUGGACCUCAGCGUCCGGGCUGAACGAUGCGGGUGGAGACACUCCUUCAGGUAUACUAGGCUCGCCGAUUAACUUUGAUAGGUCUAACUCCGAGUAGGACUAGCAUUGGGUACAAUCCAGAGUUUGUGGCGAGGAACCUGCAGCCAUCCAGAUAUUGCUAGACUCCAACUCCCAUCAGCCUCAGCUAGCAUAGCCAGUGGUCAGGGAUGGUGGAAACUGUAGUUCAACAGCAUCUGGAGGGCUACAGGCUUGCCAUCCCUGUAAGAGAUGCAAGUCUGGAAAUAAAUUGUCAUAAUUUAGGGAAAGCUUUAAGGGAAGACGUGAGUAUCAGGUGAGUAUGCAGCUUUGGGUGGGCCAGCCUUCUGGGGGGUUCUUUAGUUUGUACUUCGACUAAACUACCACUGAUGUUAAAGAUACAGUUGUAUUGCAGGAUACACGGGGAUUUGGUUCCAAGGCUGGUGUGCACAUGCGAAAAUCGCGCAUAGCCAAAAUUACUUUUCCCAUGGCUGGCUGGCAAGGGGAGGAGGCCUUGUGGGGAGGCCUCCCCAAUGUCUCUGCUGCCUCCCCUCCUGGCAGAGAGCAGGAAGAGGGACGUCAGCAGAGACAGAUGAAGGUAGAAGGGAGGAGCAGAGAGCGAGAGAUGCAGGCAGAAGAAAAAGGCUGGAAUGAAGCUGCAGCCGAGCAUGUGUGGUUGAAAUUGUGCAUGUGAAAUGCACAUCGGAUGCGACUCAACUGUACCUUCAAAUAGGACUUGCGGCCACCCUGAGUACCUGGCAAACUUAAUUCUGGGCUGAAAUUGUUCAGAAAAGAACUAGAGCAGGCUUCCUCAACCUCGGCCCUCCAGAUGUUUUGAGACUACAGUUCCUAUCAUCCCUGACCACUGGUCCUGCUAGCUAGGGAUCAUGGGAGUUGUAGGCCAAAAACAUCUGAAGGACCAAGGUUGAGGAAGCCUGGAGGUUUCCUCGGCCAGAUCUGGAGAUCUGGCAUGGUGACAGGGUAGGUGGGGAGACACCGUAAUUCGGGGGUGAGAUGCAUGCUUUGACUUAUUUUGGUGGGAAAAGGUACAGAAGGGUCAACGCUUUAGGUAGAGAGAUCUUAAUACAGUGGUACCUCGGGUUACAGAUGCUUCAGGUUACAGACUCCGCUAACCCAGAAAUAGUACCUCAGGUUAAGAACUUUGCUUCAGGAUAAGAACAGAAAUCGCGCGGCGGCAGCGGGAGGCCCCAUUAGCUAAAGUGGUACCUCAGGUUAAGAACAGUUUCAGGUUAAGAACGGACCUCCAGAACAAAUUAAGUUCUUAACCCGAGGUACCACUGUAUUCAUGAAUGACGAAAAUAUUUGGGGUCUGGGGGGCAGGGGGUGAGCAACUUGUUGAUGUGUGGCUCCCCCCGCCCCUACAACUCUGGUGUGAUUUAUGCUCACAGAAGAUCCCAGGAUCAAUCCCUGUGGUGGUAUCUCCAGGUAGGCUUCCUUUCUCAGACCCUGGACAAUUGUUACCUGUCUGUAUAGACAAUAGUUGGCUAGACCAAAUAAUCUGGUUCUCUAUAAUGGGCUGUGGAAGGCUGCAUCAGGUGGGUGUGAUUUGGGGAAACCACACUUGCAGACCAAAUUGGGAUCUAGGCCAGGUCAAAUUUAGCUCACAGGUCAAAGGUUUUCCGCCCCUAUAACCAGGGUGGGGAACCAUUUUUCAGCUUGAGCACCACAUUCUUUUCUGCAGAACCUUUGUGGGGGAGGGGGCCACAAUGUCAGGGGUGGGCGGGGCCAGAGGCAAAAGUGGGUGGAGCAAUUUAUACAAAUUUAUUCUGUACAGUAGUCUUGGUUCUUCACAUACUCUCUCUUGCAAGAGACAUUAUCAGAGUUGAAGGACACAUUCCAGCUAGGUAGAAGUGCUCAAGGAGGUGGUUGCGUGAAGGAUUGUGGCUUGAGGAGAGUCCUUAGGACCAGGCAGAGAGGCUUAGAGGGGCCACAUUUGCCCCUCCCCAGGGGCCUGGGGUUUCCCCUCACUCCUGCACAACAAGGGAGCUUUGUGUGCUCAAGCCAGGUGGAAAAUGUGCAAGGGCUUCGCUGUUAUCUGGGGAGCUGGUUGGAGGGGAACCAAAAUACAGCAAGGGAAGGCUCAAUUGGAUGCCGAGCUUGGAGGGUUGGGGUGGGGGGGACAGGAGAAAGCCAUAUGCCCAAUUACAGCCUGCUCUAAUAAACCCUGACGAAUGUCCGCGUUAUCCUUCUGCACUGCUGCCUCCUCCUCUGUCCCCUCUUUAAGCCCUGCUUCUCUCAACGCUUGCCUGCUAUUUUUAGCCCUCCUGUUUUCCAGAAGCGGAACCUGGUCUCUUUGGGAGUAGUAGCACCAGGGUGGGCAAGGCGUGGAGAUGGAGAAGGCUCGUUUUUGCAUAUUUGAUUGCCUGUGAUUUUCCUCAUUUCCAUAACGAGGGUUGGCAGGCAGCAGAUGUGACGUGCUCUCUCUUCCUGAUGUCCUCUCUUGAUCUUCAGCGUGAGAACAAGAGAUGCUCUCCCGAGGGAUGGAAGGAAAAGAGGCUGCCCACGUCUGUUGACUGGCUCCUCUCUGUUCAGUGGUAGCCUGAUGUUGACAAAUGUGAGGAGGUGAAAAAGCUGGUCGGAGAAGCUUUAUCUGCCACAUUUCUGCCUGUCAGAUUGCUGUUUAAAUGGUUUGUUGGUUUGUUUAUUUUAUUGCUUGCCCUGCUUGUCUGCAGCACGCUGGUAGGGAAUUGCAUUUGCAUGAAUGCACCGUGCUGGCAGUGCAUAGUCUACCACCUUUCUAGGUAUAGGGGCGAAAUUUUAUUUAGCUUGCAUUUAAAGGUGAACCUACCUAAUUCACACUUUGCAAAACAAUACAGGCACAAAACCCCAACCCUCAAAAUCUCUGUUUCUUCCAGUUUUGCAGUGCAGUAUUCCAGCCAAUAAAUAUGAACAAUUUUUUCAUUUCGUUUUAUUUAUGGUUUUGGAUAUUAUAACUUAAACUUUCUCUACCACACACACAUGCGUACGUACACACACACACACACACACGAAAAAUGUUCAUGAAAAUGCCUGUAUCGAUGAAACUUAACAUCCAGAAAUGCAUUAUAUUGGGAAACUUUCUUUUUGCAAAAAUGUGUAUAUUUGGCAAAAUUGCAUACAAAACUUUGUGCGUAAGAAAACCUUACCAAAAGGUUGGUGAAUUUUCAUAAGGAUCUUUUGUUAGAAAGAGGGGAGGGGAAUUGCAAAGUGAUACAGAAGUACAGUUGUACCUUGGUUUUUGAACAGCUUAGUUCCGAAUGUUUUGACUCCUGAAUGUCGCAAACCUGGAAGUGACUGUUCGGUUUGCAAACUAUUUUUGGAAGCUGAACGUCUGAUAGGGCUUAGCCAUGAUUUGGUUUUUCAACAUUUUGGAAGUAGAAUGGACUUAUGGAACGGAUUCCAUUCAACUCCCAAGGUAUGACUGUAUUGAGAGAAAUUUGUUUCAAUUCAUAUUUUAAAGGUGAAUCUAACUAAUUCACCCUUUGGAAUUCUGAAUUUUGUAGUGCGGUUCUCCAGCCCAAGUAAUGUGUACAAAAAUAUACAUGGUAGAGUAGAACAUGCACAUAUUGCUGAAAAUAACAUACAAAAAUGCAUUAUGUAAGAAAAUGUGUUUUGCAAAAGAAAAAUGUCUGCAUUUGGUUACAUUAGAACUAAAAGGCUGAUGAAUUUUCGUGAGGCUUAUUCUUUUUAAAAAAUAAUCACAAAUUGGUAUGGAAAUGAAUUUAGGAUUGAAAAAAUGAAAAAUGGAGCAAAACCAAAACUGACAAAUUUCCCUGCUGGGUUUCCUUUCUACGUAGAACUUGGUUGAAAGCAACCUAACUUUAAAAUGGGUCUGGAAACAAAUCAGAAGAGAGUGAAAGCUAGAGGGGACCAGCAUAAUACGUUCGUAAUGCCCGGUUCUGAUUCUGUAGAUUCUGUAGAAGAGGACAUUUCUAGACUAUUUUCAAAGGUAGCUCCUUGUGCAACAGUAUUGCAGUACAGUCAUACCUCAGGUUAAAUGUGCUUCAGGUUCAGCGUUUUCAGGUUACGCUCUGCGGCAACCCGGAAGUAAUGGAGCGCGUUACUUCUGGGUUUCACCACUUUCGCAUGCACAGACGCUCAAAAUGACAUCACGCACAUGCACGGAAGCGACGAAUCACGACCUGUGCAGACAUGGGUUGUGUUCGCUUCAGGAUGCAAACAGGGCUCCGGAACAGAUCCCGUUCGCAUCCAUAGGUACCACUGUAAUGCAGACAGAAUGCUUAGCAGAGCAUGAACUGCUGACCUUCAAGUAAUCUGUACCCCAAGAGGUUGAUAUCUUAGGUGACCCUAAGUUUGUAAAAGGCUCUGAGUGCCACUUAAGCCACUUGUGUCUCUUGUUACAGUGAUGGAUCCAAGUGUGUCAUCCAAGUGAUGAACAUGAGCUUUUCUGAAAGAGCAUCCUUUUUGGCCCCAAGGUCUGAAUGUGACAGUGGUUUGAGGGCUGGGUUUCUCUUCACCUGGUCUUCUCCACCCUCUCACCAGCUUAUACACACAAUCUUGCACACACCUUUCACAUGGGGAGGUUCAACUCUCCUUAUUCCUCAGCUGAUUGGUGCCAAUGUCUUCCUCGAGAUGUUUCCAAUGACUAUCAGCUGGGCAGUGAUGGGGAGGGAGGAGGUGCAGCAAUCUGGGGAGGCAGUCUUUGGACCACAUGGAAGUCGGCUGAGGGCCGCUUGUGGCCUGUAGGCCAUGGAUUGGCGACAUGCCCUUCACAGCAAGGGCAGCUUCCUCCCAAACAAGGUAAAUUGCCACUUAUCUCGGCUACCUUUGGAGGUGACUCGGAAACUACCACUAAUCCAGAAUGCGGCAGCCAGACUGGGGACUGGGAACAAUCGCCGGGACCAUAUAAUAACCAGUCCUGAACAACUGGCUCCCAGUACGUUUCCUAGCACAAUUCAAAGUGUUGGUGUUAACUUUAAAACCCUAAACGGCCUCAGCCCUGUAUACCUGAAGGAGCAUCUCCACUCCCUUUGUUCAGCCCAGACACUGAGAUCCAGCGCCGAGGGCCUUCUGGCAGUUCCCUCAUUGUGAGAAGUGAGGUUACAGGGAACCAGGCAGAGGGCCUUCUCGGUAGCGGCGCCCACCCUGUAGAACGCCCUCCCAUCAGAUGUCAAGGAGAUAAACAACUGUUCGACUUUUAGAAGACAUCUCAAAGCAGCCCUGUUUAGGGAAGUUUUUAAUGUUUGGUGUUUUAUCGUGCUUUUAAUAUUUCACUGGGAGCCUACGGGGUAUUUGGGGCAACCCAGUCAGAUUGGCGGCAUAUAAAUAAUAAAAAAUAUUAUUAAUUAUUAUUAUCAACCACUUCCUAAUAGUGCCCCUGUCUUGUUGGCUUCAUCCAGGCCAAACUACUGCAGCCAGGCAUGGAGAUCUAACCAGGCACCAGUUGUUUCCCUGCAAUCUGAAGCGUGUGUGUUUUUGUGUGUGUGUGUGUGCACAUACAUACAUACAGCGGAAUCCCAGAGUUCUUGAUUCUCUCUUAGCUGCUCAUUCCUGAUUCCAGAGCUCUCCAUUCUCUUGGAUCCGCUGCAUUUGAGCCGCCGUCCCUUCUGCCUGCCCUCUCCCCCUGCUCCAGCAUCCGUUCGCUAAAUUAGCUAAUGAUCCAGGAGAACUGUGCAGCGCUUAUUACAUUAUAUUGCAUUGGGAAAAAGAGGGAAAGGAAAGCUGCAAUUUCUGGUAGAAGUGGCAUGGGUUUGCAAUUUUGAUCCAUGAAGCUCCCAGUAGGGAUUUUCUUAUUUCUGCCCACCCCUGACCCAUUUGUGGGGGUUGGGGAGGGGAGUCCUGCUGUUCCUGCAUGUGCAGCUUUUCUUCCUCUCCAGUGGUAAUCCUGCUCCCUUCCUCCCUCCCUCCCCUUUGCAACAGACAUAGGGGAGAUGAGGACAAUUUACAGCUUCCUUUGUCUGCAUGAGGCCGUGAUAAAGGGGGCCCAGUCUGUGCCAGGAGGAAUUCCUGCCACAUCUUAAAGAGAUAGCUAUUUCACGAACAUCAAAUCAGAGGUGGCAUUCAGAGGCUUCCUUAAGCAUCCAGACAAUGGCUUUGUGUAUCCCUGAGCAACUUUCUUAGCCAAGCUGCUUUUGUCUUUUUUGUUUGUUUUUAAAUUCCCAUACACAAGCUUGAUAAUAUCGUCCCAGCAUUUAUCAUCGUUAUUACAGUGGUACCUCGUGUUAAGUACUUAAUUCGUUCCAGAGGUCCGUUCUUAACCUGAAACUGUUCUUAACCUGAAGCACCACUUUAGCUAAUGGGGUCUCCUCCUGCCGCUGUGCCACCAGAGCAUGAUUUCUGUUCUCAUCCUGAAGCAAAGUUCUUAACCCGAGGUACUAUUUCUGGGUUAGCAGAGUGUGUAACCUGAAGCGUAUGUAACCCGAGGUACCACUGUACUUGUUUUUCCACCCUUCACACCAAGGUCCCAGGGCAAGUUAGAAAGUUAAAGCAUAGCUACAUAAAAAGGUACUAAGCAUCUUAAAAAACACACACAAAGCAUAACGUCAAUGAAAAGGGGAGGAGAAGAACAAUAUUUUAGAAUAAAAACUUCUAAAAACCGUAGAAAGACCCGGUAAAACAGCAGCUGCUGUCUUUGUUGGGGCAAUCCUAAUUCCUUGAGGUCUAGUAGCAUUGUCUUUUCAAAUAUGUUUCUGAAACAUUACUGGUUUUUAUUUUAUGAUUUUAAUGUAUAGUACGUUAUGCAUAUUUGUUAUAUUUAUAUUUUUAACCCACCCUGGGACCAUUUGCUUGCAGGUGGGCUGUAAAUGCAAAGGAUUUUUGUAUGCCUGCCCUCUAGGAUCAGAAGGAACUCUCUAUUUUGGUUCUCUGUUUCUCAUUUUCCAAUAUGGAAUUCAAUUCUCCACAUUCAAUCUGCGCUAUAUAUAUAUUUUUAAUCCUCAUGAAAAUUCACUAGCAUUUCAGUGCAAAUUUAUUAUAAUGAACACAUUUUUGUAUGCAGUUCUGGCUAAUGUACACAUUUUUGCAGGCAAUUUCCCCUGAUACAAUGCAGUUUUAAAAAAAUUAUGCGUGAAAAUGUUCUUAUGAACACUUUCCCCUAAUAUUUGCAUUUUUAAAAAUACUGUUUGGUUGGAGAACCACAUCGCAAAACUCGAAGAAGUGUAGAUUUCUAACGAUGACUGUAUUUCAGAUUGCUUCAGAAAGUGUGACUAUGAUAGAUUUGGCUUUAAAUGUAACCUGAAUAAAAUUCUGUCCCCCAUCCCUAUAUGCCCUCCUUGGCUGACCAGAAUUUACACAUGUGUUGUUACAGACAUUACUUUAGAAGACACCAGUGGUACAAUUAUAUGAUCUUAGGCCACAUCAUAUGCUAUGAUACUAUCUUCCCUCAAAGAAUUUUGGGAGUUUUAGUUUCUUACGGGUGCUGUUAGAAGACUCUGGGAGGGAAAUUGGAGUAGUCUAACAAACUACAGCUCCCAAAAUUUUUUGAGGGAAGACAUGACUGUGCUUUUUUGAGUGCUGUGCGAGUUUGUGGCCCCCCAAAAAACCACUUUUCUCAGGGGGAAAUUUCAGCGUGAAAUCAUGUAAGAUCAAACUCCAAAUUUACCACCAUUCUCUCACGAGAGAAAAUGGGAUGCCCUAGUUUUUCUGGGACACUUGCAGGGCAUGAAAUGGGGUUUUUUGGUGUGGGGGGGAAAUACCACUUUCAAGAUGACGUUUGCCACCUGCAGUUUUAGGGUUGGUUUGGUGUUUGGGUGGGUGUUAUUGGUUUGUUUGUAUGUUCUUGUUUUUAGCAUGUAUUUUGUGCUUAUACAUUGUAUUUUUUUAUGUUGUGAAUCACCCUGAGAUUUGCAGUACAGUGGUACCUCGGGUUAAGUACUUAAUUUGUUCCGGAGGUCCGUACUUAACCUGAAACUGUUCUUAACCUGAAGCACCACUUUAGCUAAUGGGGCCUCCUGCUGCCGCCGCAUUGCCGGAGCAUGAUUUCUGUUCUCAUCCUGAAGCAAAGUUCUUAACCUGAAGCACUAUUUCUGGCUUAGUGGAGUGUGUAACCUGAAGCGUAUGUAACCUGAAGCGUAUGUAACCCGAGGUACCACUGUACACAAAUUCAGUAAAUCAUAAUCACAAUCUGCUUUGCAUGCAGAAGGUCCCAGGUUCAGUCCCUGGCAUCUCCAGGACUGAGGGGCAACCCUGCUGGAAAUCUUGGAGACCCUCUGCCAGUCAGUGAAGACAAUAAUGAGCUAGAUCAUGGGUAGGCAAACUAAGGCCCGGGGGCCUGAUCCCGCCCAAUCACCUUCUAAAUCCGGCCCACAGACGGUCCAGGAAUCAAUGUGUUUUUACAUGAGUAGAAUGUGCCCUUUUAUUUAAAAUGCAUCUCUGGGUUAUUUGUGGGGUAUAGGAAUUCGUUCAUUUCCCCCCAAAAAUAUAGUCCGGCCUCCAACAAGGUCUGAGGGACAGUGGACCCCUGCUGAAAAAGUUUGCUGACCCCUGAGCUAGAUGGACUAAUGGUCUGACUCAGUAUAAAGCAUUUUCCUAGGUUCCUGACAUUAGCAUGUUAAAAUCUGCUGUCUGAAUGAAUCAAUUAAAAAUGUGUUCCUGAUUAAUGUUCUUUUAAAAUAAUAAUAAUAAUAAUAAUAAUAAUAAUACAGUGGUACCUCGGGUGAAGAACUUAAUUCGUUCUGGAGGUCUGUUCUUAACCUGAAACUGUUCUUAACCUGAAGCACCACUUUAGCUAAUGGGGCCUCCCGCUGCCGCUGUGCCUCUGCUGCAUGAUUUCUAUUCUCAUCCUGAAGCAAAGUUCUUAACCUGAGGUAAUAGUUCUGGGUUAGCGGAGUCUGUAACCUGAAGCGUCUGUAACCCGAGGUACCACUGUAGUAGUAGUAGUAAUAAUAAUAAUAAUAAUAAUAAUAAUAAUAAUAAUAAAUCCAUUUAACAUUGCAGCCCUGGUUAAGACAAUCAAGGUGACGAGCAUCAACAAAAAAAUAAAAAUAAGGAUGGGGCAAACCAGCUUGUAAUUUAUAUUACUGAAAAUCAGUAUGCACGGUAGGACCACAUAUUCAACAUGCACCAGCAACCUCUAUGUGGCUUACUUGUUGCACUUUUAAGGCCACAUCCUUACAAUACGUUGAAAGCACAGGGCUUCUCCCAAAGAAUCCUGGGAACUGUGGUUUAAGGGUGGUGGGAGCCGCUGCUCGGGGGGGCGGUAAACUACAGUACCCACGAUUCUUUGGGAUGGGAGCCACGUGCUCUAAAUGUGUAGGGCAGGCAUAGGAAAACUCGGCCCGCCAGACGUUUUUGGGACUACAACUCCCAUCAUCCCUAGCUAAUAGGACCAGUGGUCAAGGAUGAGGGGAACUGUAGUCCCAAAAUAUCUGGAGGGCCAAGUUUGCCUAUGCUUGUUGUAGGCUAUGGAUGUGACCUCACUCUUUCUUCAAAAAUAUGCUUGCUUGCUAAACAUUUGCAGUGGCACAUCCGGACAGCCAAACCCUAUUUAGCCAGAAAUUUGGACCCUUACCCAGCAAACAGCCAGUGUUUCAAAGCAGAAAACUCAGCUGACAGCGCUUGACGUUGCAAGAUGUUGAUGGUGGUUCUUUCGCUUUCCUGUGUUUUCAGGCAGCCUUGGAUUUUGUGGUCGAAGAGGACUUGAAAGCCCACCUGACGUGUUGGUACAUCCAGAAAUACGUCAAGGAGAACCCACUGCCUCAGUAUCUGGAACGUUUACAGUCUUAACGCAGGAAGGCUGAAAAGCCUACACUCCUUAAGACAUGAGCGAACCUGGCCUCUCUAGAUGGCCCAGUGCAGCUUUUGUUUGUGGGCUGACUUGGGACCCCUGAACAGCCCCCUGCACAUGCUCAAGAGUUCUUAUUUUUGUAAAGACAAACGUGCAACUCCUCAACAAUGCUUCCACCUGGCUCUUGUGAUAGCUGGUCUCACCUGGAUGUUUGUUGUUUACAUCGGCCUCCUAUCUUAAGGAAACCAUCAGGUGUAAAACUAGGCCUUCGUUAGCGUUGUGGCAGUAGAGGGGUGGGCGAGCGGGGGUCACCUCCUAAUUUUGGUUCUUCCUCCCGAAAUAAUAAGCAUCAAGCAGAAUGAUCUGAGAUCAGGCACCGCUUUCCUUGCCAACGCAGGGUUGGGAAAAGCUGGAAAUCGACAACCCUGCAGAGGCAACGGUCUUUUUAAACAUCCACUUAGGCCCUUAAGCACAUUUUACUACGUCGGGAUGCCAACUCACAAUGCAAAAUAAACCGUGGCUGUCGCAGGGGUUGGACUUGGAAAGGAAGCAGGUUUUCGGUGCUAACUGCAAUAAACACGAUGCUUUAGAGACGAGAAAACUGUGUCACUCCGAUGUGCUUCUGCAGACGUGAGCAAUAUGGACUGAGUGAGACAGUUAGCAAGUGUACAUGGUGAAUUUUGUUCCCCACAACAAGGGAACGGCCUACCUGGGUGGCCACCCAGAGGCGAAAGGUGUAAUUAAGCGAUCCGGUUCGUUUGGGAUGGAAGGCUGAAAAACUUGACUGCACAUUGGAAAAGGAAAGGGCCUGUUUUGUUUUCGUUUUGGGUUUUGGUGGGAUUCUUCUUCCUCGCCCCCUUCCAGAGCUCUCCUCCUCAAGUGGCGGACGUUUCCUCUCACACGGGAGAAGCAAUAACAAGACUGAGAGUUUAACGGGUAGCAGGAGGAAGGAAGGAAAUGGCAGGGCAGAGGAAGCUGUGCAAGGCAAACGAAUCCUGGGCAUUUUAACAACAGGAAAGCCAGUCACGAUCGGCAGCCACUUUUUAGGGUCCCAAAUGGAGAUGAGCCAAGGAAAAAGCCGCGGCAAGUAAACCUCAGCUGACUUACUGACAGAAACGGACAGUGCAAAAAAAAACAGGAUUUGCUUGGCUGCCUUGGACAUAAGCAUGUGAAAGCUGUCGGAAAGAAAAGAGGAGGACUUGGCUUGUUCUGUGGCUUGCUCUAAGCAGCGUUCGUGUGGAUGGAGAAGUAAUUAACACUUGAACCUCAUCUCCGCAUGCCUGUGGGUUACAUGAUCGAAAAUGGCAAUAACAUUUUUUUCUCUAGUUUUUCAACACUUAAUUUUGGCUUCCCCUUUCCAUCAUGUUGCCCAAACCCUGUCCCUCUGCUCCAAAGUCCUUGUGUGGAGACUUAUACUCGACUUAAGAGCUAUUGUAGCUUUCUCAGCAAGGCGGGCUAGGCCAGGCUGCCAUGGUGACGGCAGGCCACAGGGGCUUCUCUGUUCCAGGCAUUUAUCGCUUUGAAAUGUCCCCCUCUCUUGCCCGGCUUGGUUCUUCAACAAUAUAGCCGGUGGGUUUGGCUGAAAUAAGACCAUGGGUCCCCGUGGUAACAUUACUCCUUUCAGCAGGAAGCUAGGUUGAUUGGUGCUUAUCUGUAUUGUAUUUAAAACAGCAGAGAACCAGUUGUGGCAUUUGUGGAGGGAAAUCUGAUGUAUUUCCACUCUCCUGACAACUCACUCUCUCCCCCGCUCUUUGACGCACACCCCUGCCGACCCUUGCUGACAUUUUUGGGUUGGAAAAUGGGUAGACCUCUGCCCAUUUCAGGGCCGAAGGGAGCUAAAGCAGAUGGGCAGAGGAAGCCACCAGUUUCUUACCGUUCUGUAACUGCUGUUACGUCCGCACCAUAUUUUUAAAGCACUUUUGUACCGCUUUCACAGUCACGUAGAAUUCGGAAGAUUCUCUAGGGGAAGCCGUGGCUGUUAAAAGCGGAAUAAGAGUGCUUGAAAUGUCUGGUGUGGAUGUUCACCGUAUCAUGAUUGCCAAUCCCCUUGUCUUGAUAAGAUCAACAUUUCAAUGCAGCACUCGUGCUAGGUAUGCUGUCGGGUGUCAUGUGGAAAGAACCAAGCAGUGAAUGCAAUCCUAGUCCCACUACUUUUUUUGUACACUGAGUGUGUGUGUGUGUGUGUGUGUGUGUGUGUGUGUGUGUGUUUAGGCAGGCAUUUAUGGCUGUCAGAAACACGGACUUGCAUCUCCUGCUCAUGUAUACCACUGUUCAACGCAGGUAGAGUUUCUGCCUAGGAUGACUGCAGUGGAGGGUCCUUCGUUUUGAUUUCUUGAGAGAGCUUAGUGAGAUCAAGGCCGGCCAACCCUGCCUUAAAAACAAGCUCAGUAUUUUGAUAGUGCUGCAGCUUCAUCCAGAAGGUGCUACAACCAUCAUUUCAGUCUCUGAUCCACCUGAGAUGUGUUUUGAUAGUAUUUUAUUACAACACCAAGGGUUUACUGCUGGGUCCACCCCCUUCUCUGUUCUCUGUGUUUUGAUAUUAUGUUGAAUAGCAGUGCUUGCCAGUUCCAAGCUGGAGUUUCCAGUUACUCAUCCCUUGCCACCAAGAGAUUUGCAGAAGCAACUGUGGUGGGGUGGAAACGACUUCUCUCCCUGUCUAGAUCAGGGAUUGAGAACCCAUGACUCUCUGGGUGUUGUUGGACUUCCCAACUGCCAUCACCUCCAGCUGGCAUGGCCAAUGUUCAGAAGUGGUGGAAGUUAGAGUCCAGCCACACCUGGACAGCCACAGGUUCCCCAGUUUGACUCUAGGUUAUUUCCGUGAUGGGGCAUCUCCCUUGCAGCUUGCUAAGACAAUUGCUACGGCUUGCUGCUGGAGAACAGAACAGAAGAUGGAGACAUCUCCCUUACUCAUGUGUUGAAGGCACAAGCUAUAAAGCUAAUUGGGGAAACACAGACAAUUGAAUAACUCCCCAAACCACCAAAUGGAAUAUCUAUUUAUGACUUGUCCUCCAGUGUUGUUUUCCACUCAAUGUGGAUAUAUUUUCAUUGCCCCCAACCCCUUACUAUUCAAUUAAAAGUGGUAAAUAAUGUGCCUUUCCUACUCAGGACCUCUUAAAAUGAUCUUUCUGUUGUUGUUUGUGUCUAACAUUAUCCUUCCCCCAUUUGUCAUAUUAUUAAGGAAACCCGGCCCUAUUGCAUGGUAUACAAUAAAAAUGUGUGGCUAAACCAAUCGGCA